AUGCCUAGUGCGUUCCCUCCGGUUGCGGCUCCAGCAUACACUCCAGUUCAAGCCCGUCGUAGCCUCGUCCACAAUAGCAAGCCAACCAACGGGUCCAUUCCCUCCCAGUCCACCCAGUCGGCAUCGCCGGAUACAGAAAAUCGGGCAAGAGUGGAGUUCCCACCACCGGUCCGCUCCUACGUGCAACGCUGCUUUGCUCCCGAAAACCAGGUCCCCAGCGUGAGCAUUCCUGAGAUGCAAGAGAAGCUGAGACAUGUUAUCACGGAUGCAGCCCAAAACCAUAAGCUGGAGUUGAUCGACUGGGAAAGACUACCUUUGCCACAGACUAUGGUGCAAAAUGAACGCAACAAGAUCCUGGCAAACCCCAGUUCUUCCAACUGGGCAUCCAGUCUGCCAUCUUCUCCGGCAGACGCUACACGGAAGAGAAAGUCGACUGAUGCCCAUCAAUCGGAAACUGGAUCCCCUCCGUGGAGACAAGCUAACCGCAAUCGUUUUGAAGACCGAGUUACUCACCCUACCACAGAGAAAAAACCACGCAUAACACUGGACCAGUCUAGUAAGUCCAAAGCUAAUUUGGAAAUGAGGAAGAAGCGAUUCGAGGGAGCAGGAGGCCACGCGACCUCUCCUUCCUCUCCUGCCAGAUCGCCGACGGAUACUCCCGAUGCGGAUCAAGGCCCUGUCAUCGGUCGCUGCCAAACUUUGGAGAAGAACUAUUUCCGAUUGACCUCUGCCCCCAACCCGGACACUGUCCGUCCUUUGCCCGUCUUGCAAAAGGCCCUGGAUUUAUUGAAGAAAAAGUGGAAGAAUGAGGGCAAUUAUGGUUACAUCUGUGACCAGUUCAAAUCGUUGCGUCAAGACCUAACGGUCCAGCACAUCCGAACUGAAUUCACCGUCGUCGUCUAUGAGAUUCAUGCGCGCAUCGCCUUGGAGAAAGGGGAUCUUGGUGAGUACAACCAGUGCCAGACCCAGCUACGAGUGCUGUAUGCGCAGCAGCUGGGAGGACAUCCGACAGAAUUCAAGGCCUAUCGUAUUCUCUAUUUCAUUUACACGCGGAAUUGGACGGCCAUGAACGACGCAUUAGCCGACGUGACUGCAGAGGAUAAAAAAGACCUGGCCGUGAAGCAUGCCCUGGAUGUUCGAUCUGCCCUUGCGCUCGGGAACUACCAUCGUUUCUUCCAGUUGUACCUUGAUACGCCGAAUAUGGGAGCCUACCUCAUGGACAUGUUCGUCGAUCGUGAGCGGUUGAGUGCUCUGGCGACAAUGUGUAGAGCAUACAAACCAGAUGUCAAUAUCCGGUUCAUCACUGAAGAGCUUGGGUUCGAGUCGGAUGAACAGACCGCACGCUUCAUUAUUGACCACUCCUCUGCGGAGCUGCUGGAGGAUAAGAGUGGGGCUGUGAGGCUGUUGACGGCCAAAGCAGGCUUGCUCUUUGACAAGGCCAAAGCCGACGCCAACCGUGUGGUUGACAUUAAAGGCCAAAUCUAA